AUGGGCGGCACACUGACCAUUCCAACCGGUUCCAGUGCGAUACCUACCUUCAAUACUUCACCGCGCUGUGGCAAUCAGGCCUGUCCGGAUCUUAAACCGAACAUGCUCAAUGUGCAUCUCGUGGCCCACACGCACGAUGAUGUGGGCUGGCUGAAAACGGUCGAUCAGUACUACUAUGGAAGUCGAAGCAAUAUUCAGAAAGCGGGCGUCCAGUACAUCCUCGAUUCGGUGAUACAAGAACUGUUGAAGAAUACCACGAGACGUUUCAUUUUCGUAGAGUCGGCCUUCAUGCACAAGUGGUACAACGAGCAGACGCAGGAAAUGCAGCAAACGGUUAAGAUGCUGGUCAACGAGGGGCGCCUUGAGUUUAUCGGUGGAGCGUGGAGCAUGAACGACGAAGCGGCCGCACAUUACCAGAGUAUUGUGGAUCAGUUCACGUGGGGCCUACGCUUCUUAAACGAUACGUUCGGCGAAUGUGGUCGACCAAAGGCGGGUUGGCAGAUCGAUCCGUUCGGGCAUUCGCGCGAACAGGGCUCCCUGUUCCGACAGAUGGGCUAUGAUGGGCUGUUUCAGGGACGGCUAGACUUUCAAGAUAAAGCCGAACGGAUCGCUAAGCAAACGAUGGAGAUGCUGUGGAAGACGAGCGGUAGUCUCGAGGAUAGUGAGUUGUUCACCAGCGCUCUCUACUACAUCUAUGCACCGCCGCCAGGGUUUUGUUUUGAUGUUCUGUGUAACGAUGAUCCGAUCAUCGAUGGAACGCAUUCCCGGGACAACAAUGUGCGGGAAAAGAUCGAUCUGUUCCUCGACACGGUUCGCAACGUAUCGAAGGCCUAUCGGAGCAACAACAUCAUCCUUACGAUGGGGGAGGACUUUCAUUAUCAGGAUGCAAACAUGUGGUUCAAGAAUCUGGAUAAACUGAUCAAGUACACCAAUGCUCGACAAGCUGAAGGAUCACUGGUAAACGUGUUCUACUCGACGCCUUCAUGUUACCUGAAAGCCGUUCACGAUGCAAACAUUGAAUGGCCAACGAAAAGCGAUGACUUCAUGCCGUACGCAUCCGAUCCGAAUGCAUUUUGGACCGGUUACUACACUUCUCGGCCAACCCAGAAACGGUACGAGCGCGAAGGAAAUCACUUCCUGCAAGUCUGCAAGCAGCUGUCGGCGAUUGCUCCGAAGAAAGAAUCAUACUACGAGGAUCAUCUCACCGCUCUGCGUGAUGCGAUGGGAGUGAUGCAGCACCACGAUGCCAUUACCGGUACCGAGAAGCAGCAUGUCGCUGACGAUUAUGCUCGCAUGUUGUACAAUGCCUUCGAGGCAUGCAGUGUCAACACACGCUCGGCCCUCAAUCAGCUGUCGGGUGAGAGGGAUAACUUCCAGUUCGAGUGGAACUACUGCAAGAACCAAAACAUCAGCGCUUGCGACAUAACGGAAGGGGCCGAUAACACGGUGGUGCUCUUGUACAAUCCUCUUGGCCACAGUUCCGAUAGCUUCGUUCGGUUGCCCGUUCCCGAGGGAUCCUAUGUGGUGCGCAACGAUCGUGGACAAACUGUUGCGUCGACGUUGAUCCCGAUUCCAGCCUCUGUCAUCGAUCUCCCAUUCCGCGAUAGCUCGGCUACUCACGAGCUUGUAUUCCACGCCGAACAGAUCGCUCCCGUUGGCUACAAAUCUUACUUCGUCUCGAAGGAAAAGACCUCGCCGUCGUCCAACGCACCAACGGCCGUCAGCCAAGAGGAUAACAUAAGCAUCGGUAAUGAACAUCUGACCGUUCUGUUCGACGCCGAUGGAUUCAUGAGCUCGAUCGUCAUCGAUGGAGAGACUCAUUCGCUCAAACAAAACUUCUUCUGGUACCAAGGAGCAUACGGAAACAACGAAGAGUUCCGUAACCGAUCAUCCGGAGCGUACAUCUUCCGUCCGAAUGGCACGGAAAAGGCAAUCACCGAGACUGUGAAGGUGCAGGUCGUGAAAACCGAUCUAGUGCAGGAGGUGCACCAAGUGUUCAACGAGUGGAUCAGUCAGGUGAUUCGUGUCUAUCCUGGCAAGGAGAAUGUCGAGCUGGAAUGGCUCGUUGGACCCAUCCCGAUCGAUGAUGGUACGGGCAAAGAGAUCAUUUCUCGUUUCGAUUCGACCAUCGCAUCGGAUGGAGUGUUCUGGACGGACUCGAAUGGACGCGAGAUGCUGCGCCGAGUACGAAACAAGCGAGAGACUUGGGAGCUGGAGCUGCAGGAACCGGUGGCUGGAAAUUACUAUCCAGUUACCGCCAAGAUCGCGAUUGAAGACGAGCACUAUCGCAUGGCUGUUCUGAAUGAUCGUGCCCAGGGUGGUUCUAGCUUGAAGGACGGACAGCUGGAGCUGAUGGUUCACCGUCGGUUGCUUCGAGAUGAUCGCUUCGGAGUUGGAGAGGCUCUGAACGAAACACAAUUUGGGUCAGGGCUGGUGGCUCGUGGAAAGCACUGGCUGAUCUUUGGAAAAUCAUCUGCCGUCACCGUGAAAGGAGAAACACAAAAGGCUAAGGAACGAUUUCUUCAACGGAAUGUACAUCUUCCGUCUUGGGUUUUCCUGACCAAUGCCGAUGGUUUAUCAUUUGAAAACUUUGUCGCUCAGUCUAACAAUAAUUUCUCUUUUCUAUCGAGACCUCUGCCCACCAAUGUGCACCUGUUAACCAUGGAACCGUGGAAGGAUGGAUCUGUUUUAAUUCGUUUCGAGCAUAUCUUCGAGAAAAAUGAAGAUCCGUUGCUUUCAGCCGGAGCACAGUUUGAUGUUACGGAUCUGUUUCAAGGGUAUCAAAUCAUCAGUAUUCGCGAGACGACACUAGCAGGAAAUCAGUGGAUGGACGAUGUUCAGCGCUUGGUUUAUGGUGGCAGCAAGGCGAAGCAGAACGGUGCGAAUGGAACGGAAAAGUCACACCCAACUCCAUACCAGAUCGUGCUCAAUCCAAUGCAAAUCAGGACCUACGUUGUGACGAUGGUGAAGGCUUAA